AGACUCGCUCCACCCCCCUCCCAACACAGCUUUGAGCAUGCGCGUUGGUGGCGAUCCUGAGGAGGGGUCGUUGUUUUUUUCUGCUCCGCAAAAGCAUGUUUGGAGUUGCAGAUCGGAAGUUCAAACCAAAUAACAUACCAAGAUCUGAGUGUGCCACUUUAUUCAUUAUUCAUUCAGCAUUGGAUAUUAUUGGCCUUUGAAUGCUAUUAGAAGGAGAGGAUCUGCAAACCAGCCAUCACACUAUGAUCUGAUGGAGUCGCCUAUUUUAUCACAAAUGGAACGUGAUCACAUUUUAAACAUUGAAGGAAAAAACUUCAUUCACACUGGAGAUAAACCGCACACUUGUGUGUGUGGACAAGGCUUCAGCCAAUCAUCAGAGCUCACAAACCACAAAUGCAGUCACACUGGGGAGAAACUCUGGAAAUGUGGGGAUUGUGGGGAGGAAUGCAUUUCCCCUUCUGAGCUUGAAACUCAUCGGCGCAGUCACACUAGUAACAGGCCAUUCACCUGCACAGUGUGUGGGAAGGGAUUCACUCAAUCAUCUAACCUGCUGCAACACCAGCUCGUUCACACUGAGGAGAGACCAUUUCAAUGCCUGGAUUGCGGGAAGUGCUGUAAAAACUCAGGGGGACUGCUAUGCCAUCAACGCAUUCAUACUGCAGACAGACCAUUUCAGUGCCCAGACUGUGGAAAAUGCUUUAAAACAUCCAGGGACUUGACGUCCCAUCAACAUGCUCACAUUAGUGAGAGACCAUUUAAAUGUGCAGACUGUGGAAAAUGUUAUAAAACCUCUGGGGACUUGACGUCCCAUCAACAUGCUCACACUAAUGAGAGACCUUUUAAAUGCUCAGACUGUGGAAAAUACUAUAAAACGUCUGGGGACCUGAUGGCCCAUCAACGUGCUCACACGGAGGAGAGACCUUUUAAGUGCCCAAACUGUGGGAUGUGUUAUAAAACUCCCAGGGACCUAAUGUCCCACCAACUUGCUCACAUUAAUGAGAGACCUUUUAAAUGCCCAGCCUGUGGGAAAUGCUACAAAACCUCCAGAGAUCUGAUGUCCCACCAACGUGUUCACUCUGAGGAGAAAGCGUUUAGGUGCUCUCUCUGUGGGACUGGGUUCAGGCGAUCAUCUGACCUCAUGGAGCACCAGCAGGUUCACACUGGGAAGAAACCGUUCAGUUGCUCAGAGUGUGGGAGGGGAUUCACUCGUUCAUCCAACCUGCUGAGACACCAGCAAGUUCACACUGCGGAGAGAUCGUUUACAUGCCCAGACUGUGGGAAGUGCUACACGAGCUCCUGGGGACUGACUUGUCAUCAGCGUGUUCACACUGAGGAGAGACCGUUCAAAUGCUCUGACUGUGGAAAGUGCUUUAGGAAUUCUGUGGAACUGAUGUCCCAUCAACGUGUUCACACCGAGGAGAGACCUUUUAAAUGCUCAGACUGUGGGAAUCACUUUGCAAGUUCCUGGGGACUGUUUUAUCAUCAACGUGUUCAUAUUGAGGACAGACCUUUCAAAUGUGUAGUGUGUGGGAAGUGCUACCGAAGUUCUGUGGAAUUGAUGUCCCAUCAACAUGUUCACAUGAUGAGAGACCUUUCAGGUGCUUUCAUUGUGGGACUGGGUUCAGGUGAUCAUCUCAACUCUCAGUACACCAGUGAGUUCACACCAGGGAGAAAAAAUGUACCUGCUCAGUGUGAGAAAAACAGUUAGCUCACUCAUCGACCCUGCUGAACAGCAGAGAGAUCACAUUGGGGGAUAUACCAUUCACCUGCUCCAUGUGGGGGAAGGAAUUCACUGACUCAUCAACCCUGCUGAAACAGCACAGAGUAUACACAUCUCAACAGCAAUUGGACCUAGCAGUUCAUCCAGUUCAGGACUGAAAGCAAAGUUUUAAUAUUCUUGAUAAAAGUCAAAUAAAUCAGCUUUGUUAUAAAUGCCAUUUGGCAGGUCAUUGUAAGGAUGUGAUCAUAAUGUACUUGGAAGAAUCAGCAUGGCUUUGUCCAGGGGUAAUCAUGCCUGACAAAUCAGUUAGAAUUCUUUGAGGGUAUAACGAGGAAGUUAGAUAAACGAGAGCCAGUAAAUGCAUUCUGUUUUGAUUUCCAGAAGCCAAUGGACAGGGGGUCAUACGGGAAGCUGCUAAAUAAGAGUUAGUAGCAAGGCACUGUCAAGGAUUGACGAUUGGCUGACUCUUAGAAUGCAGAGAGUUGGGAUAAAGGGGUCAUUUUCAGAAUGAUAGCUGGAUGAUGAGUGGAGUCAACAGGGGUCAGUGUUGGUACAACAACUAUUCACGUUAUACAUUAAUGAUCUGAACAAAAAUUGAGGACAUUGUUGCUAAAUUUGCAGAUGGCACAAUGAUCGGUGGAGGGACAGGUUGGAAAGAGGAAGUAGAAAGGCUUCAGAAUGACUUGAAGAGUAGUUAAAGAAAUGGCAGGUGGAAUACAUCAUGGGAAAGUGUAAGGUUAUACAUUGGUCAGAAGAGUAGAGGCAUAGGCUAUUUUCUGAUUGGAAAAAUCUUCAGAAAUCUGAAGUGCAAAGGGUCUUGGGAGUUCUAGUUCAGGAUUCUGUUAAGAUUUUCAUGCAGGGUCACCUCGUGGCUAGGAAGGCAAAUGCAAUGUAGGCAUUCAUUUCAAGAGAGCUAGAAAACAAGAGCAGAGAUACACUGCUGAGGUUAUGAAAGGCUCUGGUCCGACCUCAUUUGGAAUAUUGUCAGUAGUUUCCAGCCCAGUAUUUUAAGGAAAACUGGGAUGAAUAGGGUAAAUAGACAAGGUCUUUUUCCUGGGGUGGGAGAGUCCAGAACUAGAGAGCAUAGGUUUAGGGUG